CAUGCUCCGGAGGGAGGAGUUUUUUUUUUUGCCAUAGCAGCGGCGUGUGAUAUCCUUCCGCGGGAGUCAAACAAGGCCUUUUCCCUCCCGACAACAGAAUGAACAAGCGGCAUUGUUGCUUAAACAAUUGUUUUAAGGUUCUGCGUUUGGAAAUCGCGCAUAUCCAGAGUAAACUAAUCGGCUGGGGGAUACCGGGCUUGUAUGUUUUUCUCACCGUCUUUCAUUGUUCUAUCCACGGUCCUGUUACAUUGGUUGAACACUGAAGAAAUAAAAUCCGUGGUUGUCCGCGGCAAUCUAACUAGCGACUUCUGUUAAGAGUGGUUGGUACAGAAUGGAGCUGAUAACAAUCCUCGAAAAAACUGUCUCUCCGGAUCGAAAUGAACUGGAGGCGGCACAGAAGUUUCUGGAGCAGGCGGCAAUUGAGAAUUUGCCCACGUUCCUGGUGGAGCUCUCCAAGGUGCUCGCCAACCCUGGCAACACCCAGGUGGCUCGUGUGGCUGCAGGGAAGAACUCGCUCACCUCCAAAGACCCGGACGUGAAGACGCGUUACCAGCAGAGAUGGCUGGCCAUCGACGCCAACGCCCGGAGGGAGAUCAAGAACUUUGUUCUGCAGACCCUGGGUACGGAGACGUACCGGCCCAGCUCGGCCUCCCAGUGCGUGGCCGGCAUAGCCUGCGCAGAGAUCCCCGUCACACAGUGGCCCGAGCUCAUUCCCCAGCUGGUGGCCAACGUGACGGACCCCAGCAGCACCGAGCACAUGGAGUCCACCUUGGAGGCCAUCGGAUACAUCUGCCAGGAUAUAGACCCUGAGCAGCUGCAGGACAACGCCAACCAGAUCCUGACAGCCAUCAUCCAGGGCAUGAGGAAGGAGGAGCCCAGCAACAACGUCAAGCUGGCUGCCACCAAUGCGCUGCUCAACUCACUGGAGUUCACCAAAGCCAACUUCGACAAAGAGACAGAGAGGCACUUUAUAAUGCAGGUUGUCUGCGAGGCCACGCAGUGCCCAGACACAAGAAUCACAAUAGAAGCCAUGAAAAGUGACAUUGAUGAAGUUGCCUUACAAGGAAUUGAGUUCUGGUCGAACGUGUGCGACGAGGAGAUGGACUUGGCCAUCGAAGCGACUGAGGCAUUGGAGCAGGGCCGGCCUCCGGAGCACACCAGCAAGUUCUACGCCAAAGGAGCCUUGCAAUACCUGGUGCCCAUCCUCACCCAGACACUCACCAAGCAGGACGAGAACAACGACGAUGACGACUGGAACCCGUGCAAGGCGGCGGGCGUGUGCCUGAUGCUGCUGGCCACGUGUUGCGAGGACGAUGUGGUGCCUGACGUGUUGCCCUUCAUCAAGGAGCACAUCAAGCACCCCGACUGGCGCUACCGCGACGUCUCCGUCAUGGCCUUCGGCUCCAUCCUGGAGGGGCCCGAGCUCAACCAGCUCCAACCCCUCGUCAUCCAGGCGAUGCCCACGCUGAUUGAGCUGAUGAAGGAUCCCAGUGUUGUGGUGAGGGACACCACGGCCUGGACGGUGGGCAGGAUCUGUGAGCUUCUGCCGGAGGCGGCCAUCAACGAGGUGUACCUGGCCCCUCUGCUGCAGUGCCUCAUCGAGGGCCUGGGGGCCGAGCCACGCGUCGCGUCCAACGUCUGCUGGGCCUUCUCCAGUCUGGCGGAAGCCGUGUACGAAGGCACAGAUGCAGCAGAGGAACAGGAGGAGCCUGCCACGUACUGCCUCUCCUCCUCCUUCGAACUCAUCGUCUAGAAACUCCUAGAAACCACAGACAGGCCGGACGGUCACCAGAACAACCUGCGUAGCGCGGCCUACGGGGCCCUGAUGGAGAUUGUGAAGAACAGCGCCAAGGACUGCUACCCAGCCGUGCAGAAGACCACCCUGGUCAUCAUGGAGCGCCUGCAGCAGGUCCUGCAGAUGGAGUCUCACAUCCAGAGCACGUCGGACAGAAUUCAGUUCAACGACCUCCAGUCUCUGCUGUGUGCCACCCUGCAGAAUGUGCUGAGGAAGGUGCAGCACCAGGACGCGUUGCAGAUCUCAGACGUGGUGGUGGCCUCUCUGCUCAGAAUGUUCCAGAACACUGCCGGCUCCGGGGGCGUACAGGAGGAUGCACUCAUGGCCGUCUCAACCUUGGUGCAAGUAUUGGGUGCUGACUUUCAGAAAUACAUGGAUGCCUUUAAACCCUUCCUGGGAAUUGGAUUGAAGAAUUACGCAGAAUAUCAAGUGUGUCUGGCCGCGGUGGGCCUGGUGUGUGACCUGUGCCGGGCCCUGAUGUCCAACAUCCUGCCUUACUGCGACGAGAUCAUGCAGCUCCUGCUGGAGAACCUGGGGAAUGAGAAUGUGCACCGGUCAGUGAAGCCUCAGAUCCUGUCAGUGUUCGGAGACAUUGCCCUGGCCAUCGGCGGAGAGUUCAAGAAGUACCUGGAGAUCGUCCUGGACACGCUGCAGCAGGCGUCGCAGGCACAAGUCGACAAGACGGACUAUGACAUGGUGGACUAUCUGAACGAGCUGCGGGAGGGCUGUCUGCAGGCCUACACUGGCAUCAUCCAGGGCCUGAAGGGAGGCAAGGAGAACGUGCACCCUGACGUGAUGCUGGUGCAGCCCAGAGUGGAGUUCAUCCUGUCCUUCAUCCAUCACAUCGCUGAAGACGAGGACCACUCUAAUGGCGUGGUGGCAAACGCCGCCGGACUUAUAGGAGACCUGUGCACGGCCUUUGGGAAGGACGUGUUGAAGCUGGUAGAGCUGCGGCCCCUCAUCAACGACCUGCUGGCGGAGGGCCGGAGGUCCAAGGUCACCAUAACCAAGAUGCUGGCCACAUGGGCCACCAAGGAGCUGCGCAAGCUCAAGAGCCAGGCCUGAUGUCAUGCUUGUUGGGGAUGAGCUAGACAACAAUGAAUACACCCCACUGGAGUUUCUUCUGUCUUUUGCGUCGUGUCCGAGUUAAAGCAGAAGUGAAGCGUGCGCUGAGAUGAGUGUCUGAGAAUGUGAGAGUGAGCGAGGAUCGACGUCACACCACCUUCUGAGUACAAUUCCAGCAGUCGCCGCCCCACCCCUGAACCCCCACCACCACUUCCUUAUUCCCCUCCCCCAAAACCCUCUUCUUCUUCGGCCACCUGUGGACUGAUUCUGACUUGACGACAAGGACUCCACACAGAAACGUGGAUCGCUGUAGCCGGCUAGUUCUAGAACUCUUCUGAAAAACUAAUAUUAGUCUACAACAGGAUCACCAGAGUAGAGAAAUGAACGGACAAAUGUGGUUUUCUUUUGAGGGGAAAUUACAAACACAACAUGAUACGAAAGAACUCAACUAUUUUGCUCUUUGCCCGAUCUGUGGAAGACUUUUUCCCUUGACUCUUUUUGGUUCCUUCCAGCACUAUAUGGUUGUGGACUUCAAAAAUGGAGAUGGUCAAUUUUACGUGAACUGAACCGGAAUCCGAGAAAAGCUCACUUUUGGGGUGUUGGAAAUGCGCCCAAAGGAUCACUGCUGGAGUUGAAAGAAGACGGGACGAGCGGGCGGUCUCCACCCCCCUCGUCUCCUACCUCUAGCCUCUCUGCAAUCCUCCAGUCUGCCCCUGCACGGAGCCCCCAGAGCGCGGCAGGGGUAGAGCUGACCAGCCUGGAUGAUGGAGUGUGUCUGUGAGGGAGGGGAUUCACUGUCUCUACCCCCCCCCCUCCCCGGUUAUUUCAAAUAAAUAAUAAAGCUUGAAGCAAAUUCAGUAAGAUAUAUUUCUGAUGCUGUUUGUGAGAGAGCUGUGGGGGCUUGGUAGAUGACUUAUUAGCAGCACUUGAGUGAAUUGGCAAGAAGGUUUUCUUUAUUUCCUGCAAGAGGAAUCACUGACAAAUGUUCACCUUUUUCUUUUAAUGGCAUCAGUUGUUUCUCUUCAUCUUCAGUGUAGGCUUCUAGAAGAAAAAGACCAUUUCUUGCCAGCCCUGUUAACAAGAAUCGGUGAGGACUUGUGUUGAGUGCAUCAGGAUCAAUCAAGGCUAGGGAACACUCCCAAAAUAACUACAUUUGACAUGUAACACUGACAUCUUCUUAGUGUUAAGAUGAGCAAGGAGUAGAAAACAAGUGCCAAAUUUAGACUACUCGUCAGGGUAAAAUACAACAAGCAAACACACUUGCCUAUAGCAUGCAGUUCAUAAAUAAAUCUAGAAUUUGAACUACAUGAACUAGUGAAUUGGGCUUGUUUUAGUUCCUAUUUGUUGGUUUCUCAGUGCACUUAGUUGGAAAAGGGUCACUCACCAAGCUGUUAAAAUGAGAAUCGAAGACGUUUGUACAAGGUUAUAUUUUUCCAUUGCUAUGAAAAACAAUAAAAUGAUAUCAAACAUUCCCCAA